AUGCUCAAAUCCGUGGCCUUGUCUGCAGGCCUCAUCGCAGGCGCCAACGCCUUUUGGCGUAUGGAAUGUCCUGGUCGAGUUGGUCUUGCUCGAAUGGACCCAAUCAUCAACCCGAACGAAGCUUCUCCUCACGCACACACCAUCCAUGGAUCCAAUGGCUUCUCAGAAAGCGCGACCACCGCCGACCUACUUGACGGCAAUUGCACUUCAUGCCGUGUUACUCAAGACAAGUCCGCCUACUGGACUCCCACUAUCUACUUCCAAGACGCCAAAACCGAGAAAUUCGAAAUCGUCCCCCAAGUUGGCGGAAUGCUUGCGUACUAUCUCCUUUACGGAGAUAACAUCACCGCCUUUCCUCCAGGAUUCCAAAUGAUUUCUGGAGACAACGAUAGACGAACCUAUACGCUGGGAGACGCAAGGCAACCAGAUCCUGAUAGAUCACAAUGGGCUGGCCUUGGCCAGACCACGCAGGAAGCUCUGGCUCAACGCGCGAUUGGUUUCAAUUGUCUCAACUAUGCCAAGAACCCCGAACAGACGUUGUAUCGACACUACCUUCCGCCAAAGGCCGAGUUGGACCAGGACUGUACCGACGGUGUCCGAUUCGAGAUCAUGUUCCCGUCUUGCUGGAAGGGCGGCAAUGCCAUUGACAGUGAGGACCACAAGAGCCAUAUGGCUUUCCCUGACCAGGUCAUGACGGGUACCUGCCCGGAAGGGUACCCGGUCCGAACGCCCAGCAUACUUUACGAGACCAUCUGGAACACCUAUGCCUUCAAGAACCGUGACGGCCGUUUUGUCGUCUCCAAUGGAGACACUACUGGAUAUGGAUACCAUGGCGACUUCAUGACGGGUUGGGAUCCCGAAUUCCUCCAAAGAGCCAUCAACAAGUGCACCGACCUCUCCGGCCUUAUUCAGGAUUGCCAUAUCUUCGACGUCGUCGACAAGGAGAAGGCAACCUCUUGUAAGAUCAAGAAGCCACUUCUGAAGGCAUUGUUUGCUGAGGAUGUGGUUGGGCCCAUGGCCAACCUGCCUGGAGGCAUCAAGGUUGGCCAGGUUGGUAGUGGCGAUCACGGCAAGAAGCCUCCUGCCGCCUCUAAACCGGCCGCCUCCAGUUCCGCCUCCAGUUCCGCCCAGAGUCCGGUCAGCAAGCCAUCGGCUGCGGUCUCUCCUCUCCCCGGCCUGGCUUUCAAAGAAAACGCCCCCUCUUCUUCAUCGGUACCUUCGCCGACGACCACUUCCGUGACACCUCCCCCGCCGCCUCCGACAACACCGUCCGUUCAGCCCAGCUAUUACAGCACCGAGUACAUCACCAAUGGCAACCAGGUAACCCAGAUUCUCUGGGUUGAGAAGUGGGUUACCGUUACGGAUUACGGCAACUCGCCUGCUCCUACACCUGCCAGGGCUCACGACCAUCGACGUCGCCACAUGCGCCAUGGACAUGUUCAUGGCAAAUUUUGA